AUGAUGUGUGGCAGUAUUGCUACAGUAUUCCAUAAUUUUAUUACCUUUUUGGGCAUAUACUUCAACACAUCACAACACUAUAAAGCAUGCCACAAGUCCUUUAGCCGGUAUCAAGGAAUCUACAGUUUCAAAGGAAUUUCAAACACUUGCUUAGACUGUAUUUGUGACGUAGAAUCAAAUUGUAACAAAGAGAUUGGAUGUGCGGAUGACGGCGGAUCGGAUUCCUGUGGACCAUUUCAAAUAAAGAAAGUGUACUGGAUUGACUGUUAUAGACCAGGCAACAGUUAUGAAGAGUGUACAAAGGAUUAUGAUUGUGCCAAAGGAUGUGUUCAGACUUACAUGAAUCGUUAUGGAGGCAGGAAAUGUGGAACCACUUGUGAAGAUUAUGCACGCAUGCACAAUGGAGGUCCAAGAGGCUGUAAAAAAAGUGCUACUAAUGCAUAUUGGGAUAAGAUAAAACUUGCUGGCUGUAGCAGAAAUAGCUAAACCUUUGAUCUAUAAAUUCAUUUUGAGACUUUAUGUAAUCGGCACUCACUUUUUUCAUUGACUUUAAAUAUCAAAACUACCAUUUCAGAAGCCUGACAUACCUUGUAUAUAUAUUUCAUUCUGAUAUUCAAAAGAGUCAUGAUCAAUCAUUUUUUUCUCUCUUCAUUUUCUCAAUAAAUGCUUCCUAUAUUGCA